UUCCUCUGGUAUCAGUACAGUAGCUACAGUAGAGGGGCGGUAGUAGCUACUGAAGCAAUAAACCGAACCGGUGACAGCACACCAGUUCCCUGCACUAGCCUAGAAAUGAACAGCAACUUAGCCGGAGAUGAAGUUGGAAAACUGUUUGUGGGUGGCUUGGACUGGAGUACAACACAGGAAACUUUGAGAAACUAUUUCUCGCAGUAUGGGGAAGUAGUUGAUUGUGUCAUCAUGAAGGACAAAACCACAAAUCAGUCGCGGGGCUUUGGUUUUGUCAAAUUCAAAGACCCCAACUGUGUCCGGACUGUACUGGAGACCAAACCCCAUAAUCUCGAUGGCAGAAAUAUUGACCCCAAGCCAUGUACUCCCAGAGGAAUGCAACCAGAAAAAGUACGAACUAAGGACGGCUGGAAGGGCAGCAAAGCUGACAGCAAUAAAUCAAAGAAGAUAUUUGUCGGUGGAAUCCCCCAUAACUGUGGUGAACCUGAACUCCGGGACUAUUUCAAUAGAUUUGGAGUGGUCACAGAGGUGGUAAUGAUCUAUGACGCGGAGAAACAGAGGCCCCGAGGUUUUGGAUUUAUUACUUUCGAGGCCGAACAAUCAGUGGACCAGGCUGUCAACAUGCAUUUUCACGACAUCAUGGGCAAAAAAGUGGAAGUGAAAAAGGCCGAACCUCGGGACAGCAACGCUCCUGGCCAGCUUGGACCUAACCAAUGGGGACCCAGAGGCAUCCUGAGUGCAGCCAAUGGUUGGUCGGCACAGCCUGCCCAGGGCUGGCAGCAGAGUUAUGGGCCUCCGGGAGUUUGGGUGUCUACAGGCCAGCCCUUGGGUGGGUACGGACCCCCUUUAUCUGCGGGUCGUGGAGCUCCCGCCCAGCCCCCCUCACCGUUCAACGCAUUCCUCGUCACAGCAACCCCGGCAGGGGGUUUUGGGGCACCUCAGGCCUAUGCUCAGCAGGGAUACAGCACACCACCUCAGUUUGGGUACAGUUUUGGCACGCCUCAUGGUGACCAGUAUGCACCACAAGGAGUGCCGCCCCCGCCCACGACUCCGGGAACAGGGCCGCUAGGGUUUGCUCCAGCCAGCACACCUACUCAGGACAUGAGCAAAGCACCCACGGGACAGCCGGACUUCCCUUACAGCCAGUAUGGCUUGGGUAACUACCCUCAGGACCCCUCUUCCUACGGACCAACGCGUCCUUCUCACAGUAAUGGUCAGGAUGUGCAGGGAGGAAAUAGUGCAGGUUAUGGUCAGGACCUGAGUGGGUUUGGCCAUACUUUCGCAGACCCCAGCCAGCAGACUGCCUCUUACGGGGCACCAACAGCACAACCGGCAGCGGGACCCCAGCCUACAGCAGCCGCUUUUGCUCGAGUACAGAAUCACAACGUAACGGGCUUCCAUCCAUACCGGCGCUGAGCAUCUCCAACCGCCACAGCGCUCAGUUCUAAAGUCAGGGAAAUGUGUUCUGGUGAUAAGCAAAACUGGAUUCUAGAUUGAUGUUUUUUGGAACACAGAUACACACUAUUUGAGAAAAAGUGAACUCAUAAAACCAGGGAUUCCAAUUACUUCUGUUACAAUGUCACUUGAUGUAAAAGUUGAUGUAAGACUUUUGCAUAACCUUCCUUUUCAAAUGUUGAAAUGAAAGAACCUUUGUUUCUCCCCCCCAUGUUUUAUAGUAGGACUUAACUACUUUGCAAUAGGUUUUGAUUUUCUGGUCAAACAAUAGCACAGAGAAUGGAACAUUAAUAAUAAAUAAAAUAAAAUAUAUUAGGGAUAUGUAUAUUUAUGCUGGAUACAGAAAUGAAAACAGGGUCUCAAGUUUCCUCAGCUUUAAAUUCUAGGGAAAAUGUUUUUAUUUUUCAUUUGGAGGAUUUUGUUUACUUUCUGAGCCUUUAUUUUAAAGUUUGUUUAAAAUGGAAAAUAUGAAUAUAUAUUAUACACAAACUGUGCAAUUUUUUAAGACAAUUUUGUACUAAAAAUGUACACUUUGCUUGUUUUUUAUUUAAAGAUGUAGACUUCCCUCAGGUGGCUGUUUGGGUGCAUUUUGCACUUAUGCAAAAAGAAAGGAAAACUUAUUUCAAAUAAAAGAUAUCCUGCAUCUUG